AUGUUCUCCUUGACCGGUAAGCGCGGCCUGGUGGUCGGCAUCGCCAACGACCGUUCCAUCGCCUAUGGCUGCGCGCGUCAGCUCCGGCGCCAGGGCGCCGAUCUCGCCGUCACCUACCUGAACGCCAAGGCCGAGCCUCACGUGCGUCCGCUGGCCGAGGGGCUGGAGGCGGAGAUCGUCGUGCCCUGCGACGUGCGCGAGCCGGGCCAGCUCGAAGCCGUUUUCGACGAGAUCGAGGCGCGCUGGGGGCGGCUCGACUUCCUGCUGCACUCCAUCGCCUACGCGCCGAAGGAAGACCUGCACGGGCGGGUGGUGGACUCCAGCCAGUCCGGCUUCGCCCAGGCGAUGGACGUCUCCUGCCACUCCUUCAUCCGCAUGGCGCGGCUGGCCGAGCCGCUGAUGGAGCGGGCCGGCGGCGGCUGCCUGAUGACCGUCAGCUUCUACGGCGCCGAGAAGGUGGUGCAGCACUACAAUCUGAUGGGGCCGGUCAAGGCGGCGCUGGAGGCCAGCACCCGCUAUCUGGCGGCGGAGCUGGGCGAAAAGCGGAUCCGCGUGCACGCCAUCUCGCCAGGGCCCUUGCUGACCCGCGCGGCCAGUGGCCUCGACCGCUUCGACAGCCUGCUGGAGCGCGCCCGCGCCCGCGCGCCGGAGCAUCGCCUGGUGACCACCGAGGAGAUCGGGGCGAUGGCGGUCUACCUGGCGAGCGACGAGGCCGCGACCUCCACGGGCACCAUCGCCUUCGUCGACGGCGGCUACUCGAUCAUGGAUUGA